UCCGCGUAGUUAAAUCAAACGACGGUUAAAGCUUUAUCCACUAACAGUAUCACACAGCGGAGAAAAAUCAUUUGUGAGUCAAAGUGUCAAAUUUUUGGUUAAAAGAAUUUUGAAAGUAGCUGGCGAAUAUUGAGCACUAGGUUCCAUAUGAUGAUAAUGCGUAAAAGUCAAGACGCUGAGAGAGUGACGCACGAAAGAACUGCUUAAGGAUCACAUGAUCACAGUAGAGAUAACCCAUGCGAAUCCAGAUCCUUCCUCGCUCAACAGGAUCCAGCAGAGACUUCUACAAGAUCUGUCUUGCCGUCUUUAUCGUCAUCUACGUAUUUUUGUGGUUAUCAAAGCCUGUAGUGAAAAACGAGCUGGACUUGGCAAGUCACAAAACACCCAUUCGGAUACGAGAUAUGGUUGCCGUAGAUAUUACGGCCACAACGGUUGGAAAUGAGUUCCCGAGCAAGGAAGUUGCUGAUUUCCUCAAACACUGGUGUCGACAAAGACGAGCUAGAUGGGAUUGGCGGGCCAUGAUUUUACCAUGUAUAAACAAAAUGCCAUGGAACUCGUCAAGAGAGAUUGAAAAAAAUGCCACCGAUGCAAAUACAAGCUUUAUAUCACUGUGGGAUAUUAGGCCCGCCGGGCAAUACAGCCGUUUUAGCAUCCAGUCUCAGACAAAAGAGGGUCGUCCCAAAAUUGAGGGUGGCGACUCUUGGAGGGUUAUUAUAAGGGGAUCUUCCUCUAUUUCUCCAACGGUUAUCGAUCACGGAAAUGGAACAUACGAAGUUUCGUUCCUUGCAGUGGAAGCAGGAGUCUACAGGGCAAAUGUGAGUUUGGAAUUCACGUCAUGCAAUGGAUUCAAGGACCCUCCGGUUGAUUGGUUUAUUGUUGGCAAUGCACAAGGAAAAUAUCAGCGGCAUCCAGAAGUUGAUGGAAACAAGGACUAUCUUCAAGCGCCGUUACGGGGUGGGAGUCCUGUGGACUUAGUGGUCCCUCCUGCUAAGAAUGCGCAAGUUUCCAGCAUAUCGAAGGAAGCCAUGGGUAGAGAAAGUUGUGAAAUCAAAUGCAACUUUCUGUGGGACGGAUAUGGACGAUGGGUGCACAAUACUUGGAAGCCACAUAUCAAAGAAAUUAUUAGCACGCGACCCAUUGGCAGAAAAAGGGGCACUUUGUGGGUUUAUGGCGAUUCUGUCAACGUUUUCUUUGCCCAUUCACUGAUGCAAAGAAGAAUUUGCAGAGACCUUUUCAAACGAUGUAAUUUCAGUUACAAUUGGAUUUAUCCCGUCAAUAAUGUUACAGCUGCUAAAAGACAAUUUGAUAAUUUGGAUUACAACAAUGAAAGAGUUUUGGAAAACUUUCGUCGCAUUGUCUACGAUCCUCAAAUGGACGAAAACAGUGCCAUUAUACUAAACUUUGGGCUACAUUUCGUUGAAAGCACGAACUUUACGAAUUACAAGAAACUCAUCGUUGGCUUGGUGAGAGUGUUGAAAAAUGAUCUGAUAUCGAACGGGACGAGGAGGAUAUAUCGUGGAACGGUUAUCUGGAAAGCAACCACAGCUAUAAACAAAGAAAAAGCAAGUAAUACUCAUCUUGGACAUAAAAGAUUUAUUACACAGCAGCGCGUUUUGCUGUACAACUCCUAUGCUACUACGCAGAUGUGUAGAGCUGGGUUUCUCGUCCUCGAUGUCUUCCCUAUAACAGAUUCUUAUCCGCAAGGAACUGGAACUCACGGAGCCCAUGGACCUGUCAAGAACGACAUCGUGCACUAUAGCAACCUCGCUUUUAGGCCUGCAGAGGAGUUAGUAGAAGAAUAUUUUGGUGGAAAGUAACCCUGGAAACUGUUAGAAACUGCAAAAAUUGAUGGCACUAAGGAGAUCCAAUGAGCUAUUCUUUAACUGCAACUAGAUACGAUAUUGCAAAAUGAUUGACAUUGAAACCUGUACUUUUUCAUGAUAUAUGGACUACAAUGACCGCCAGAUAUGUUUCUCAUCACUGAAAAAUAAGUUUAAAGGUAGAACUGAUAUCGGCAUGCGCAGUGAGAAAACUACGUUCCUUUCUGUGUAAAAUGCAUAAUGUAUUCUAGCGCGCUGAUUGGGAAAUAAUGAUU